CUUCAAAGUCUGCUCAAAAAGAGGAAGAAGAAAGCUCCUGCAGUUUUACACCAAUAUCUGGCCAAUCCCUCCCUUGCUGCUCUUACCACCUUGUACGUACCUCGAGUUGAGUGUUUCGUCACUAACUGUAUUCGAUCAACUCUCCUUUUCUACAUUGGAUGCUCUCGAUUCCAUUUCAGGAGGCAGAAGGAAACAAAGAUUUUCCCAUGCUGGAGGGAGUAA